GUUAUUGGGUUACUUUCUAAUGAUUUUUCUCUUUUUCAGUGUGCGAUGGGUAAGCAAGCUAUGGGAAAUAUUGCAUAUAAUCAGUUGUUCAGGGCAGAUUCGCUACUCUACUUACUGGUGUAUGCACAAAGUCCACUGCUAACAACAAAAACAAUUGAGUUGGUGGGAUACGACAAGCUUGGUGCUGGGCAGAAUGCCACUGUUGCUGUCAUGGGUUAUAGUGGAUAUGAUAUUGAAGAUGCAAUUGUAAUGAAUAAAUCAUCCCUUGAUCGAGGUUUUGGUUGUUGCAUAGCAAUGAAAAAGUAUACAGUUAUGAUGGGGAACUAUGGAGAUGGUGUCUCUGACAGGAUUGCUAAACCACAAAGAGAUAAAGAUGGUGUUUUGUUGAAACAGAAUAUGCGGGCACUUGAUGAGGAUGGUAUUGCUGCACCUGGCCAAAUAAUUCGCAAUCAUGAUGUCUAUGUGAACAAGCAAAGUCCCACAAAUUUAGAUAGAAGAGGUGCUGGUGCAUUGUUAAAAGAUAUGGACUACAAGGGCUCACCAGCCAUUUACAAAGGUGUUGAUGGCGAGACUACUGUUGUAGAUCGUGUAAUGCUUUGUUCAGAUACAAAUGAGAAACUGUCUAUUAAGUGCAUUAUCCGCCAUACAAGGAGGCCAGAGGUUGGUGAUAAAUUUAGUAGCAGACAUGGGCAGAAAGGUGUUUGUGGUACCAUUGUUCAGCAGGAGGACUUCCCCUUUUCUGAGAGGGGAAUAUGCCCUGAUUUAAUUAUGAAUCCACAUGGAUUCCCUAGUCGAAUGACUAUAGGUAAAAUGAUUGAACUUAUUGGUGGAAAGGCUGGUUUGUCUUCUGGUCGAUUCCAUUAUGGCAGUGCAUUUGGUGAACCAAGUGGUAAUGCUGAUAAAGUUGAAGACAUAAGCAAUACUCUAAUCAAACAUGGCUUCAGCUAUAACGGAAAAGAUUUCUUGUACUCAGGUAUUCUAGGUCAUCCUCUGGAGGCAUACAUCUUCAUGGGUCCAAUCUACUAUCAGAAACUGAAGCACAUGGUUCUUGAUAAGAUGCAUGCUCGAGCUAGUGGACCAGGCAGCCUACUGAAGGGCGAAGUCGCGAUGGAGGUCUCCGUCUUGGUGAAAUGGAGCGUGAUUGUUUGA